GGUUUACUUCCCCUAUAUAUACAACCUUCGCAAUUGCCAAAGUGGAGAGCGAGUUCGCGAGGCCUCCCCUCCGCCUGAAACCAAAACGAGAGCGCGUGUGAUGAGAGCAUUGAUGACUCACCGCCCGCAGUCACCAAUUCGUCGCUUCCAACGCUUCCCCAUCUCUACCACCAUACAGUAACUUCGACAUUGCGGCAAAACAACCACCACACACACACACAAUGACAAACUCCACCCCCUUCCAACCUCCCUUCGAGCUGUCCUCUUUGCUCCACUCAGGCUACAGCAACCCAACCCUGCGCCAAUGGCAGUCCGCGGACGGAAAAACUAUCACAAAGAACUCGCUCAUUUACCCGGUGUUCAUUCACGAUAAUGUCGACGAGAAGGUCGAGAUCGCGUCUCUUCCCAACCAGUAUAGGUUCGGAGUCAACACCCUCAAAGCCCAUUUUGCGCCCCUCGUCGCAAAGGGCUUACGAACAGUAAUGCUCUUCGGCGUCCCCACCACCAAGCCAAAGGACGGCAGAGGUUCCCUCGCAGACGACCCCGAGGGCCCCGUCAUCCAAGCGAUCAAAUUAUUCCGCAAAGAGUUCCCGCAAGUGGUUGUGGCGUGCGACGUAUGUUUGUGCGAGUAUACGGACCAUGGGCACUGUGGGGUGCUGAAUGAGGAUGGGACGAUCAAUAAUACGCCGUCGAUUGGGAGGUUGGCGGAGGUUUCGUUGAAUUACGCGAAAGCAGGAUGUCAGAUAAUAGCCCCGUCGGACAUGAUGGACGGCCGCAUCAAAGCCAUCAAGCAGAUCCUCUACGACAACGGUCUCGGCUCGAAGGUCGCCGUCAUGGCUUACGGAGCAAAGUUCGCCAGUGUGUUCUACGGACCAUUCCGUGACGCGGCCGGCUCAGCCCCCAUCCAAGGCUCCGGCGACCGUAAAUGCUACCAACUCCCCCCCGGCGCCCGGGGCCUCGCGCGGCGGGCCCUCUCCCGCGACGUAGCCGAGGGCGCCGACAUGCUGGUCGUCAAGCCCGCAUACCCGUACCUCGACAUUGUGCGAGACGCAAAGGAGCUGUGCCCGGAUCACCCGAUUGUGAUUUAUCAGGUGUCGGGGGAGUAUGCGAUGCUAUGGCAUGCGGCGAAGGCGGGCGCGGUGGAUUUAAAGGCGGGGGUUUUGGAGAGUUUGGAGUGUGCUUUGAGGGCCGGUGCCAACAUCCUCAUCACCUAUUACACACCCGAGCUCCUCGACUGGUUGGAGCAGUAGCGCACGGGAAUGUAGUUCAACAUACCAUAGCAUCGCCAGAUUUUGGGUUCAUCUCUGAUUCGAAUGUAGCCAAAGGCCGUGAAUUUAUUAUAUAGAGUAACAUACGCCAUCUUUAUGCUAGCC